AUGAAGGCAGAGGACGAACUUAACCUCACUGUGAUCCAAACGUACGACAAGUAUUGCACACAAAUCCUGGACAAGUCUCCAAGUGCUCAUGUGUAUUCUUUCCAGAGUGAUAAAAAUGCAUGGGCUAAAACGAAAACAGGUGGCAUAUUUUUCCUAUAUAAGCGAUCAAAAGUUCCUUUUUUCGCUUUCAUGAUUCUGAAUCGUAAGAGUCCGACAUUGAAUCAAAUUGAGUUAGUGACUGCAAGUUUACAGCUUCAGCUGCACUGUCCUUUUCUUUUAUAUAAGACUUCGAAAGGGGAUAUAUUCUCCAUCUGGUUCUUCUCUGGUUCAGAUUGUGAACGCAUCGCGGAAAAACUUGGCAAACUUGUUCACGACGUUGGUGGCUUAGGACUAAAGAUAGCUCCUACAAGCCAAUCCACAAAUUCCAAAUCUAAAUCUUCCAAUUCUGUGAUGAAAUCUAUAGUGGCUGCUCCUAAAUCUCCGGAAACAGUUACUAAAGGAUUAAAUCAGUUAAUGGAUUUCGUUCGUGCAUCCAAUGAAAAUUCCAAGGCAAACUCUUCAAACCCAUCCAAAGUUAAUGACAAUGUAUCUAAUCAUUCCGAAGGACCAAGUAUAUUUGACAUGUUACACAAGGCAGAGGCCGAUUUUAAUUCAGGAAGUAAUCGAAGCGUAUCACAAUCAGACAUAACCGUCAAAAAUGAACUACAACGUUUUCGUACAGCUUGCAAUCUUCCAGUUUCAAAUGGAAAUAAUUCAUUCGGCAAUCAUUCUGGACCAGGUGCUAGCGGAGUUUCAAGUAGUAAGAAGAAUAAACUGAGUUGUGGGUCAUCUCAGAUUGUCAAUCAUAUUUCUGUUGCUGAACUUGAAGAACAAUUACUUCAGGAGCAUAUAUCUCUUCCUGAAAACGUUGAUGGGCUAACAUCACGUUCAAAGAUAUCCGGUGAUUUAAAAACAGUUGUCGCUACAGACGAUAGUUCUCCAGAUGACCAGGUGUUAUCACAUGUGUCAGUCAUGGAGUCUUCUGCAUGCUACCUUGAAGGACAUAAAGAUACUCGUGUUGAUCGAAAUCGCCGCCUUCUUAGUGAUGAUGCUGGUUAUGUGGAUGAUGUUGAUGAUGAGGAAGCAUGCGAAGACCCUUGUGGUCGCGGUUUACCCAAAAGCUAUGGAGUUGGCCAACGUAAACAACGACGGCAUAUCCGUCAGCAACAAGAAAAUUUUUCAGAUGAAAUACAUUCACCAUCUAAUCGGUCGGUUAAUCGAAACAAACUCCCGAAUAUCACUCCCAAGUGUAAAACGAUUAUAGGAGAAGACACACUCGUUACACCUGACAUGUUAACCAGCAUCCCAUCAUCGACUUUCCCCGGAUUAAUGUCCGAAUUUAAUUAUGGUAAACAUACUGUAUCGAGCCCUUUUUCAGAAAAUAAAGCCCCCAUCUCGACAACAGAAAAAUCCGCGAUGAACGAAUAUCUUACGAAAGAUCAACUAAGAGAAACAUUAAUUCAUUUGUUACAAACAGAUGAUGAUUUCUUACAUCGUAUACAUAUUGGUUAUGUUAAUGUAUUAGAAAAACGAUCAAGAUUUGUUUAG